UAAACACUAAACAACCCGGUCCGAGCCGAGGCCCGAGAGUUCAAGACUUCAAGUUGAGAUUUAAGAUCAAGACAACAAGUAUUUAAAUUAAGUUAUUUAUUUCGAACACUAGUUUCUACAGGCUUGUGUCAUCAUUCGUGCUUGUCGAUAUAAAUAUUUGUAUUUUUGCAUUCUCCGAGUCUUUCGUUUGAUACGAGAAUUUAUGGGACCACAGACCUCUCUGUAAUUGACGUGUGACUUCGAACCGGCGGAAAAUGGCACUCCGGACAUACGGCGACAAGCCAAUCAGUUUCCAGGUAGAAGAGAAUGGCGAAUACUACUGCAUUGGAUCCGAGGUCGGCAAUUACUUGCGACUGUUCCGUGGUUCUUUGUAUAAACGGUAUCCGGGAAUGUUUCGCAGGACCAUUACAAAUGAUGAGAGGAAACGUUUAAUUGAUUUGGGUAAGUACCUAUUUGCAUUUUAAGGAAUGAUAAAUUUCAAUUUUCUUUACGAUUACCUAUAUUUAAUAUUUUUUUUUUUAAUUUUAAUUCUCAAAGAAUCUAAAGGGAAAAAAUCUGUUCCGUGGGUUCCAUCAUUACCAAAUAGUUCACAUUUGGAUGCUGUUCCUCAGGCUACUCCCAUUAACCGUAAUAGGAUUAUACAAAAAAAAGUCAGGACUUUUCCACUAUGCUAUGAUGAUACUGAUCCGGCCAACAUUCAUGAGAAUGCCAACUUUUCUGAAUUGUUGGUUCCAAUUAGACUUGAUAUGGAAAUUGAAGGACAAAAAUUGAGAGAUACAUUUACUUGGAACAAAAAUGAAAGUUUAAUAACUCCAGAGCAGUUUGCUGAAGUGUUAUGUGACGAUUUAGAUUUGAACCCUUUGCCAUUUGUACCAGCUAUUGCACAAUCUAUACGUCAGCAAAUUGAAGCAUUUAAUAAUGAUAAUAUUUUAGAUGAACAACAUGACCAAAGAGUUAUUAUCAAGUUAAACAUUCAUGUUGGUAAUACAUCAUUAGUGGAUCAAGUUGAAUGGGACAUGGGUGAAAAAGACAAUUCGCCUGAACAGUUUGCCAUGAAACUAUGUGCCGAAUUAGGACUUGGUGGAGAAUUUGUAACUGCCAUUGCGUACUCCAUCAGAGGGCAAUUGAGCUGGCAUCAGCGUACCUAUGCUUUCAGUGAAGCACCAUUGUCAGUUGUUGAGACUCCGUUUAGACCCCCAUCAGAUGCUGACCAAUGGAGUCCAUUCCUAGAGACAUUGACAGAUGCAGAAAUGGAAAAGAAGAUAAGAGAUCAAGACAGGAAUACUAGGCGAAUGCGACGACUGGCCAACACYACACCAGGAUGUAAGUUAACUCGUCUACCGUGAGUCAGACCCAGAACAAGGUCCCAUUACAACUCCAUGUUAACAUCAUCAAAGGCGAUGCAACUGCAACAUUUUUGUAUUAAAAAUUAUUAUACGUAUUACAUUAUAUAAAAAAAAUUAGAAUAAUAAAUCAUUUUUAUAAUUUAUUUUUAAUUGUGUUUGUGUAUACACUACACAGCCUGUACAAAUUAAACAUUUACUUCAGAACUUUAGUACUAAAAUAUCAAUGAAAUCUGAUAGUAGCUUUGUAAUAUUAUGAUUAAUGUAAUACUUAAUUAUUUUAUCAUAAUACUUUAUUGUAAAAGGGCAAAACGUGUACCAUCAAACUAACAACUGUUUUGUGAUGUUAGUUUUGACAAUGUAAUUGAGUUUUAAAUAUAAAAAAAACUAUCAUAGUA